AUGGAGGAUAUAGAAGGUGAAGAUAUUUCCUUGGCAUCACUUCUUUCUAAGGAAUACUCGGAUAACAAAACUGAAGGUUAUAGUGAAUCUUCAGCAUCUAAAGUUGAAAAAUUCGAUAAAUCAAAGUUAAAGAAAUUACAAGUGUUGAUAGACCAAUCUAAAGCGUUUUCACAGAUCAUUUCCUCUUCACUAGUUCAGCAGACAGCUGGCAAAAAUGCCGAUGAUAAUGAUGAUGAUGAUACUAAGGAACCGUUGAAAAAGAAACAGAAAACCACAGAUAAUCUUGAGACAAACACCAAAGUAUUAGAUACUUAUGGUCAGCCAAAGUCGCUAGUUGGAGUAACGCUUAAGGAGCACCAGAUACAUGGUAUGAACUGGCUUAUUUCCAUGUACGAGAAUGGCCUCAAUGGGAUUUUAGCUGAUGAGAUGGGUUUAGGUAAAACUGUUCAAACGAUAUCACUCUUGUGUUUUUUGUUAGAACAAGGAAUACAAGGACCGUUUCUCAUUGUAUCGCCUUUGAGUGUUGUAUCGAAUUGGUGCUCGGAGUUAUCAAGUUUUGCUCCCAAGCUCUCUUAUGUUUCCUAUGUGGGGUCUAAGGACCAUAGACAAAAAUUAAGAAGAAAAUCAUUAAGAAAAUUCAAUGUUGUUGUAACAUCCUACGAAAUUUCAUUAAUUGAUUUUCCUUAUCUGAAAAAUAUUUCGUGGUCUUAUCUCGUUGUUGAUGAAGGUCAUAGACUAAAGAAUGCAAACUGCAUGCUAUUCUCAAAAUUAAAAUCUUUGAAUGUUUCAAAUAGACUCUUGUUGACAGGCACCCCCCUACAAAACAAUCUUGCCGAGCUUUGGUCUUUGCUGAAUUUUAUUCUACCAGACGUUUUUCAUGAUUUUGCUACAUUUCAAAGUUAUUUCAAUUUUUCUGAAUUUGAGAAUCUAGCCAACGAGUCAAAUCCAAGUGACAGAGAAUCCAAAGAGGCUUUCAGUUCAUUAGUAUCAAUGGAAAUCAGGAAAGCAUUAGUCGAUAACCUCCAUACUAUAUUGAAGCCCUUUAUCUUGAGACGAUUGAAAAAAGAUGUGUUGAGGCUACCUCCGAAGAGAGAAUACAUAAUAUACUCCUCUUUAUCACCACUUCAGUCAACACUAUAUUCUCAACUAUUAGAUUCGCAGGUUAAUUUUCGUGGCAUUUUACUAGAAACAUUCUUCCCGCUGUACAUCAAAUAUAAUUUUCCUAAAUUGCUAAAGUAUGCAGAUAGUUAUUUAGGUUACAGGAAAGAUGAGAAAACUGAUUUCUAUUGGGACGCUCCUACAGCCGCAUCUUUAUCGGAGCACUACGAUUUUGUACAGUCACAGCUAAGAGUAAAACGUAUUUCCAAUCCUCUAAUGCAGUUAAGACAACUAUGUGAUUCUCCUUACCAUUACUUUUUUCCUUGGAAUGACGAUACUAAAUUAAACUAUGACCUGAUUUUGAACACAUCGAAAUUACAAUCACUUGAUUCAUUAAUCCCUCGAUUAUUGAAAGAUAAUCCUAAUCAGAAAAUCUUGUUGUUUAGUCAAUUCAAAAGCACGAUAGAUUUACUGAGAGCAUAUUUCGAGGAGCAUCCAAACAGUAAACACGGUAAGUCAUCGGUGUUUCCUGUGAAAACUUGUACCAUAACUGGAUCAUCCUCUAAAUUGGAGAGAGACGAGGCUGUCGAGACAUUUACUAAUGAUCCAGAGCAUAAAGUGUUUUUGUUAUCUACAAGAGCUGCAAACUUAGGCUUAAACUUGACUGCUGCAACAACCGUAAUAUUGUAUGACUCCGACUUGAAUCCAAUGGUAGAUAUACAGGCUAUAGCAAGAGUCCACAGAAUAGGGCAAAAAAAUCCAUGUAUUGUUUACAGGUUGGCUACUCGGGCCACUGUAGAAGAAGCUAUAUGGGAGCGAGUUAUAAAGAAAAGGGUAUUAGAAGGUAUCGUUAUUGAAACUGGAGAGUUUAACGGUUCUGAUGCAUGGAAAACGCAUUCGAAUAAGACAACACCCAGAAAGGAAUCAGUUUUGAGCUCUUUGUUGAAUUUUUACAGUUCCAAAACAUCUAACUCCACUCUUAACAAUUUCAAGGACCCAAAAUUAAGAGAUUCUUGUUUAGAAUCCAACGAACUUAAUAAGGAAGAGCUCAACGAAAUAACAUCCCACGACUUAGAGAAAUACAAAGAUAAUAGAGUACUCGAUGAAGUAAAUAUGCACCAUAUAAAGCUACUAUCCGAGACCGACAUAACAGGUCAAAAUGGUUUGGAUGGCGGCAUUAUGUAG